AUGGCAGGAGACAAUGACUGCCAAGCCAGCUCAGGUGAAGCAGCCAGGAGGACAAGAAAAGGUAAAAUGCCACAACAAGCACAAAUUGAUGAAGAGGCCACCAAUGGUAAUGAGACAGAGUAUUUUGACAAUGAGGAUGAAGGAGGAUCAGAAUCAGACAACGACGAUGACCAAUAUGAUUACUGCACCUUGGCCAAAAUCUUGGAGACAGUUCCCAAGCUCACAUCAUGCAACUAUUAUAGUUGGAGCACACUCAUCAAGGCCAACCUACGAGUAGUUCCCCAUGCCACACAACAUCUAAAGGGCACAUAUGACAAAGACCACCCGAAAUGGAAUAAAACCUUUGAUAAUGCCCUAGUGGGUGUCCUACAAAGCACCCUAGACACCAAAGGAGAGUAUAAUGUCCUUUACCUCCUACUCGACAUCACAUUACUCACUGAGCUCAAUGAGGCAAAGAUGUUUCACACUGAUGCCCGUAAGCUGAUCCAAGAGAUCAGGGUUAUGCAGACUGAAACUAGCCUCCUAGGUGCCCCAUUUAGUAAUGAUGCACUAUAUGCCAUGCUCCAGAGGUGUACGAUUCAACACCCGGUCUACAAGGAGACAGUUGCCACAGUUCAUCAGGUUAGCUUCGAUGCUCUAGCAACAGCUUUGACUACAUGCCAGUCUGCAAUGGAAAGUGUACCUGGUCAGAAAGUGGACCCAUGCCAAGCAUGUGCUAGAAUUGCUGGGGGCAACGAAGAGCAGGCUGAUGACACUGAGUCGGACACAGGCAGCAUGAAAACCACAACCAAACCAAAGGUGAUUCAUUGCUGGGAGGUCUGGUGCUCUUUCACCCCGAGUUGGCAGCAGCUCCCAAAGUCAGAAGGAACCACAUGUUGGAUCUUGGAUUCGGGAGCGAGCUACCACAUGGUUAAUGACCACAGCAUGCUCAUCCAUCCAAGAAAUUGCAGAAAGCGAGUGUAUACUGCUGGAAGCGAAGUGCUGGAGGCAACUGCUGUGGGAGAUACCAACAUAGCAACAGAAUAUGGAGACGUUUAUCUUCAAAAUGUGUUGUAUGUUAAAAGACUCAAUAUUAACCUGUUGUCAACCAACUCACUGAUGGAUGAGGGAGCACGUGUGACUUUAGACAUGACAGGCAGACAAAUACACUUGGCAAAUGGUAUGCUAUUGAGAAUAACAAAAGAUCACGAGUGUGGACUAUUAGAGUUCCAAGGUGACACAUGGCGACAAAGUGUGAUGACUACAUCAACACCACUGUUUGAAGGAGUUGAUGAAGAGUUCGAGCUGGCCAACCGGAGACCAAAGAUCUCCACAAGACAGCUCUGGCAUGAACAUCUGGGACACCCAGGUCGAGACAAGUCCAGAGUGAUUGCUGAUAAAUUGAAAGGCAAACCUGUAGCAGCAUUGGACCCAGAUACAGCUCUGACAUGUGAGCAGUGUAUGUGGUCCAAAAGUACAGCCACCCGGAUGGGGCAAGGUAGCAGUGAAACAGCCAUGGGGCCCCUAGAUCUUAUUCACAUCGAUCUGAUUAUAGACUCAUCCCAUGUGACAGAAUACACAUGCACAUUAGUGCUGGUUGACAAUCAUAGCAAUAUUCAACCUCCACCAGUCCCAACUAUUGAAGAGGAACUUGAUGAUCUGGGAUACACAGAAGAGAACCUAUUUGAUGAGAGAGAGCAAGAGCCUUUGGAAGAGUACAUAGACAUGGAAUUAGCUCUCGAGGAGGAAGGGAGAACAACAGAGGAGAGGGAAGAGUAUGCACUGGUGCCACCAGAGGAUAGAGGCCCAUGGCCGAACUGGAAGCUGGCUAGAAACAUGUGCAACCCGGAAACCUGGGUAAAGAAGAGUUACUUUGGGCUAACAGUAGCCAAGGCCAAGGAGGGAAAGGACAGCCUGAACCCAACUGUUUGCAAGGUGCUGGCUGGAAAGGAUAGGAGGUUCUGGGAAGAGGCAAUGUGCAAGGAAUUGGAUGGACUUGAAGCGAUGGGAACAUGGGAAAUGACUGAUCUACCACAAGGUAUGAAUGCAGUUGACACACGAUGGGUGCUCAAGAUCAAGACUGACGCAGACCUGGUCCCCACAAAAUACAAGGCAAGAUUGGUAGCAUGGGGGUUUACCCAGAGAGAGGGCUGUCAUGGGCCUGGAUGCUCAAGAAGCAGGAGGGUCACUGGUUCAUAUGGAAGGAGCACACGAAGACCUAGUCGAUACCAGUAG